UUUAAGGAAAUUCAUUACUUUUUUUAUCAAAUUUAUUGUAUAGUUCCGGUACGUACAUAAAAGCUAGGUUCUUCCUGUUCUUAUGAGAGAAGAACUCCGUGUAUAGUUGACAUCCAAUGGAUGUAUGUAGAUGUAUCCGCGCUUGAUUAGAAAUGAAAACGUAAAAGAAAAUGUUUUAAAAGUUUCCACGAAAGUUCGAUCGAUUAACCUCAUAUUUUUACCUUCAGAUGGUCUAGAUACAAAUCUAUGCAAAAUGCAGAAUGAAAAGCGCCUUGAUGUAUAAGUAUGGAAAAAAUCAUCUGUAAGCUGAUAACCAAUCGACACAGAAAUAAAAUUAUCACAAAUAUAACAAUAGUUUAAUCAAAUAAUCUCUAAUCUUGAUUUAGAUAAAAAAUUGAUUUUUCGAUUUUUUGAUUAUUAAUUUUAAAAAGGAAGAAAAUAGAGAAAAAAGUUUAGUUUAAACAUGCAAGUGCUGAUAAGAUAGUUACUUGUUUCUUUUUAAAACGUGAUAAAAACAUCUUGAAUAUCUGUUAAAGAAACGUAGGGUUAUAAAAAGAGGAAAUGUAUCUAUAGCUAUUAUAUAUAGAAUUUUGUAUCAGUUAUAUAAAUCAGUGCGAGUGAAAUUAAUAUGAAAGCUAUUCAACCAUUUGCUAUUUCUAUACAAAAGACACUCUUCUAUGUAUAAGGUUAUGAGUGUAAUCAUCAUGUAGUUUAACGUAAAAAUGAUGUCUCAUAUAGUAGCUCUGAGUUCUGUACGAAGACGAUGUAUUAUCAUAUUGUCAAUAGUAUUAGUGCCAUGUGCCAUUUUAAAUCUUUUGUCCUCGUCGGAUGUACACGAAGAAACAAUGCUGCAGAAUAAUAUUGCUGAAUUACAAGUAAAGCUUGAACAUUUACAUGCCAAGUAUAUCAGUAGCCAGGAAGAAAUAAAUAUAUUAUCGCAUCAAUUACUACAACUAGUAGAAAGCAAUCAUAUUUUACCUGAUCUUCAAUAUUUAAUCAAUAAUGGUACAUCUAAUAUAACAAAUAUAAAAUUACCAUCUAUAUACAAUUUUCUUCCACAUUUUUUAAAUGAUCCGAAUAGUUUGCGUCCUGCAUUCUUACAAAGCAAAGGACGUUCUGGAGUAAGCAUGGUAUUAGGUAUACCAACUGUUAAAAGAGAAGUCCAGAGCUAUUUAAUGGCUACAUUAAAAAAUUUAAUAGAUCGUAUGAGUCCAGCAGAAAUACUUGAUACCUUGAUAGUAGUAUUAGUAGCUGAAACAGAUUUGGAUUAUGUGACUUAUGUUGCAAAGCAAAUUGAAGUACAAUUUCCAAAUGAAUAUGAAACUGGAGUAAUUGAUGUGAUAUCUCCAUCUUCAUCAUAUUAUCCACAGUUAUCUAAAUUGCGAGAUACUUUAGGAGAUGAUCAUCAACGUGUGGUUUGGAGAUCAAAACAAAAUCUGGAUUUUGCAUUUCUUAUGUCAUAUGCUCAGACAAAAGGAAUGUUUUACAUACAACUAGAAGAUGAUAUUUUAGCUAAAAAAAAUUUUAUAACAACUAUGAAAUCAUUUGCUUUACAAAAAGUUAGCACAAAAGAGAAUUGGUUUGUAUUGGACUUUUGUCAGUUGGGAUUUAUAGGAAAAUUAUUUAAAUGUGUGGAACUGCCAUGGUUAAUCCAAUUUUUUCUAAUGUUUCAUAAUGAUAAACCUGUAGAUUGGCUAUUAGAUCAUUUAAUUUCAACAAAAGUUUGCAAUCUUGAUAAAGACAGUAAACAUUGCAAGAUGGCUAAAGCAGAACUCUGGAUACAUUAUAAGCCUUCACUUUUUCAACAUAUAGGAACACAUUCUUCAUUGAAAGGGAAAGUACAAAAACUUAAGGAUAAACAAUUCGGCAAAAUUACUUUAUACUAUGCACAUGAAAAUCCUGAUGCAAUGGUGGAAACUCAAAUUAAACCUUACAAACAAUAUACACUAAAAAAAGCGUAUAAAGGAGAAUCAUUCUUUUGGGGGUUAUUACCGCAACCAGGAGAUCACCUAAAAUUUACAUUUACACAUUCUAUUUUUAUAAAAAGAUACUUAUUUAGAAGUGGAAAUCCCGAACAUCCGUCUGAUAGAUUUUACAAUACAACUGUUGAAGUAUUACCUGAAAUGUUUAGAUCCGUAGAUAGAAAUAAUAAUGAUAUAACAGAAGAUGGUUAUAUUAUUGUAGGUAAAUUUGAUGCUCUUGGAAUUGCUCAAGGAACAGUAGACAAAAAGUAUGGAAGAAUAUCUGUUCUCAGAUUGACUGUGCAUAGCGAAAGCGAAAAUUGGGCUAUUUUAUCAGAGAUUCAUGUAGUAGAAGAUCAACCAAGCUGACCCUUGGGUGAAGAAUUUCAUUAUUUUCGGUAUCAUUUGCAUGGCUAAAAUGCUUGAGCUAUUUUUUAGUUAUUAAAAUUUUUAUAGUUGCUAAAUUACAUUGAUUUAUUUCAACAGUGUAAUGUGCCAAGUAGAUCACUGAUAAAUUCAAGAAAAAGUAUUAUGAUUCGUUUAUACGUUUAUAUAUAAAAUAUUGUUAAUUUAGUACAUUUUUGUUAUUGUUCAAAAUUUUACAUAUUAGUAAGCAAAUAUUUAUUAAACACAUACAAAGAAAUGUGAUCUACGGUGCAAAAUGGUACUGUAUUAAACUUUAUUUCUACUUACUUAUACAUAGUAUAUGCAUAAAUUUUUUUUAAUUGUUACUAGAAUAAUUUUAAAUCUUUUGUGAAUGAUGUAUUUAUUUUUUUAGAAAAUGUACCUGCUGGAUCAGUAUGUAGUAAUUAUGCGUAAAAAUUUUUAUUAAGUUCAUGAUUUAAUAUAUUUUAUUUAUUCUACAAAUAUGUUGUAUAUACAUAUAUAAAAUAUAGUAGGUGUGUGUGUGUGUUAUAUAUAUAUAUAUAUAUAUAUACAUACAUACUGUUAUUAUAUAUAAUGAAACCAGUAAUUCUACGGUAUACUUUAUACUGUAUUGUGAUAACAAAUAUAAUUCACAUUUAUUACAAACGAGAUAUUAAUAUUUUAGUUAAAAAUGAUAUUAAUUCCUAUUAAUAAAUAUUGAUAAAGCAUUUAUAUUUUCUUUCGAAACUAUAAAUUUAUAAGAUUUGAUUAAUAAAAAGAAGGAAUAACAAAUUAAAACAGAAUCUGACUGAUGUUAUAUCCUAAGAAUCUAUGAAUCAUAAUUUCUUUGAUACAUGAAAUCUUUGAAAUCUCGUUUGUAAAAUACAACUUCUUAUAAAAAUGUAUAAGCCAAAUUAUUUUGGAAAUGACUACAAAGAAAAAAGGAAGACAAAACAUUAAUUUUUUCCUUUUUUCUUCAUAAAUAUACGUACAUAUGUGUGUGUGUGUAUAUAUAUAUAUAUAUGCAUGACGUGUGCAUGCGUAUAUAUAACAUAUAUACACAUGUUUAUGCGCGCGAUUUGGACGCAAAAUGUGAUUCAUUUUAACUUUUAAACGAACUAAUUAAAUACUGAAAUUAACAAAAGUCUAUUAAUAUGAAAUUAUCUAAAGUUUUACUACUUGUAUCAUACAAGGCAUAGUUGAUAUAUUUUAAUCAUUAUACUGUUUUUAUAACACUGAUACUACUUUUGUCCAGGAACAAUUAUAAUUAAUUAUUGUAUGGUAUAAUUUAUUAACAUAUGAAUGUAAAUAUACAUUUUAUAUUAUUAGUUCUAUGAGCAGAGCAUUUACAAAAAUCUAAAUGAAAUAAUAUUUUACUUUACUUGUAUUUUGUUAAAACUUUUUUAUAAUAAUAAUUAUACAGUUUUUGCAGUAAUAUUAUAAAACUGUUUCAUAAUAAUAUUUAUACAGUUCUUUCCCUAUUCAGGACUUAAGGAAAAUAGAACAAGAAGCAGUAAUGAUAAAUAGCUCUGAUGUUACUUAUUGUUAUAAUUAUUAUUACAUAUAACAUAGAUUAACACUCCAUGCAUUUGUAACAUUUUACCAAAUAUGUAUUCUACUACAUCAUAGUACUGGUUUUUAUAUAGGAAAGCACAAGUCUUAUUGGAAAAGGUUAUUGUGUUAAUAAUUGAUGGGCAAAUCUGCUAUAUAUAUCCUGUAAGAGCUCACUAGCAUCACUAUCAUUUAUUGAAUAACUGUCAGAACAAUUUGAAUCUAAAUAAAAUUCUUCAAUAUCGUUUCUUUUA